AUGCAUCCCCCAAGUCCCAGUCGGCUAUUAUCCGGCCUAGUCGCCCUCUGCGCCCUGACUAGUGCUGCCCACGCCUCCGAUGACGAAUCCUCCUCCCCGUCGCCCUCUUCGUCAACAACAACUACAACCUCCACCGUAACACCCUGCGUUGCCACCUCUACCAACGGCGCCUUCUACGAUCUCCGUCCCGACACCGCCGUCAUCCCCGAAAAGGACGUCAAGCUUGCCCGGGGCACACACACCGAAGACUACCUUGCCCGCGGAUACGACUACGGAUACAACAUCACGCUAAACAUAUGUGCCCCUGUGGUAAAGGGCGUCGAGGAUGUCGUGGGCCUAACGAGCGAGGGAUGGAGCAAAAUAGGCGCGUGGUAUGAGAAGGGCGGGAAGGUGUACAGUCUCGGACAAGAAUCGGGUGCUCUGACGCCCAGGGGGAGAAAGCUGGUUUUGCAGUAUACCGGAGGGUCGCCGUGUGAACCACCUGAGGACAAGGACGACAAGCGGAAGCUCGCAAGCCGUGGUGUUCACGAGGGCGCUGCCUACAGCAAAUAUUCCGACGACGAAGACGAAGAUCGUGACCAUGACCAGACCGAUUCCGACUCCGACAAGGACAAGCAGAACAGCAACGCAUCCAAAGAGAAGGUCCGCCGCAAGUCCGCAACCAUCUCUUUCCUCUGCGACCGCUCCCCCGACAACCCGACCGCCGUCUCCUUUGUCGGCACCGACCCAGACGAAUGCUCCUACUUUUUCGAGGUCCGCUCGCAACACGCCUGUGCCGGCGCCGAGCCUCACAAACCCGGUUCUGUUGGACCCGGGGGAGUCUUUGCCAUCAUCUUCUUCAUCGCCCUGGCCGUGUACGUCAUUGGUGGCAUCUUCUACCAACGCACUGUGGUCAAGCAGAGGGGAUGGAGACAGCUGCCCAACUACACUCUUUGGGCCGGUAUCUGGAGUUUUCUCAAGGACACCUUCAUCAUCCUCACUUCGUCUUGCGCUCGCUUCCUUCCCAUUCGUCGCGGCUACCGGUCGUUGAGCUCGUCGUCUCGUGGCCGAUACGGAAACAACGACGACGAGAACCGGUUGAUCGAUCAGCUGGAUGAGGAGUGGGACGACUGA